AUGUAUACCAUCUCAAACAUCUAUGUUCUGGCCGCCUUUGGUACCAUUGGCGGUGCCUUGUUCGGUUUCGAUAUUUCGUCCAUGAGCGCAUGGAUCGAUCAGGAGCAAUAUCUCGAGUACUUCCACUACCCUAACUCAAAUCUGCAAGGAGGUNNUGCGUCUAUCUCUCUGAACUUGCACCGGCCAGAAUACGUGGCAGGGUUGUUGGUAUUCAGCAGUGGGCUAUUGAAUGGGNGCAUUCUCAUCAUGUUCUUGAUUGCCUAUGGCUGUGCCAAAGGAGUCACUGGUCCUUCUGCUUUCCGUAUCGCUUGGGGCAUUCAAGGUAUCCCUGCAUUCAUUCUCCUCGGAUCUCUAUUUUUCUUCCCCGAAAGCCCUCGCUGGCUUGGAUCCAAGGGCCGCUGGCAAGAAGUUGAAAACACUUUGGCUCUUCUCCACGCCAAGGGCAACCUCGACGACCCAGCCGUGCAAGCUGAAUUGCUCGAAAUUCGCGAGGCUGUUGCUAUUGCUCAGAACACUGAGGGUGUCACCUUCUUCGGACUGUUUGGCAAGAACAUGUGGAGACGUACAUUGUGCGGUACUACCGUUCAGAUGUGGCAGCAACUGCUAGGAGGCAACGUUGCCAUGUACUACAUUGUCUACGUUUUCCAAAUGGCCGGUCUCGGCGAUCAGACUCUCACCUCAUCCAUCAUUCAANUAGUAAGUUCUCGGCCGCUUCAAGUCCUCUUACGAUCGGAGAUCCUAAUCGAAUUUUUCAGCGUCAUCUUCCUUGUCACCACCGGUCUCAUUCUACCAUACAUUGACAGAAUUCCUCGCCGCCUGCUUCUUCUGACCGGAUCCAUCGUAUGCUGCAUCUGCCAUUUCACCAUUGCUGGCUUGAUGGCCAGCUACGGACAUCAUGUCGACUCCAUCAACGGCAACACAAUCUUGAGAUGGAAGGUCGAUAAUGGUACUGCUGCCAAGGGCAUCAUCGCCGUCAGUUACAUUUUUGUGGGCUUCUAUGNNGGUAUGUAUACGGGCAUUUGUGUUGUAAGAACCAUACUGAUUUUUAUUUCUAGAUUCACAUGGGCUCCAUGUGGUUGGAUCUACUCCUCGGAAGUUNUUCCCCUCAAGUACCGAGCUCAGGGAGUCGGUCUCUCUGCCGCAACCAACUGGAUCUUCAACUUCGCUCUCUGGAGAACCUACAUCAUCUUCGGCGUUUUCUGCUUCGCCAUGACCAUCCACAUCUUCUUCACCUACCCUGAAACCCAUGGAAAGACGCUUGAAGAGAUCGACAUUCUGUUCGACGCCAACAUUCCUCCAUGGAAGAGCAGCCAGGUCAAGAGCCGUUUCAGCGAGAGAGUCGAGACUGCUGUCCGCAAAGGCUCUGUUACCGAGCACGUCGAGAAUGAAGCCGAGAAGAAGAGUGAUGAUUUUGCUGUCCAGAAGGAGAGCGUUUAG